AUACUACUCCUAUGAUACUGUGAUGUUCAGAUGUCCUGUUGAUGAUCCUGUCGAUAGGGAGACAGUCCCAUCACUCCUAUAACCCAUCACUCCUAUAACCCAUCACUCCAAUAACCCUAUCAAUCAUAUCAACCCUGUCAACCCUAUUAACCCUAUCAACCCUAUGGACAACCCUAUGGACAACGGGAUAACCCUCGAUGACCUCUAUGAGCUGAAUGAGAGGCUGGGAGGUGAUAUAAAUGCGUCCAUGGCAUCGCAUCAACCACUGAUCCAAACCAUCAGCUCCCACAUCAGCUUCUGUCUCUUCUACGCUCCUACUCUCCUCUACUCCUACACUUAACAGUUAUAAUAUACUUCUACAUCUACCAUGUUCUUGCUCGCUCUUGCACCCCUCGUGCUCGCCAGCACUAGCCACGCCUUUGCGGACAGCCUCAGCAAGCGGCAGGAUAUCGGCAGCGCCUUCAUCCCCGACACCACGCCCGGCUGUCCGGCCGACUGGCCCAUGUGCGGCACGAGCAACACCUGCUAUGAUCCUUUGCAAGGCGAUACUUGCUGCCCGACCGGGACUUGGGCUUGUCCUGGUGGUUCAUUCUGUUUGACGGACGGAUACUGCUGUCCUGACGGCCUUGAUCCGCAAACCUGCGCGCAAGAGUUCGGAAUCACGCUCAGCUCUGUCUCUACUGUGCCUAUAAGCAUUCCUACCAGCACCGAUACUGAUACCGAGACCACCGAGACCACCGAGAUCCCUCUCACUGGUACCUCUACUACUACUACUACUGCUAUCGCGGAUGUGACUACUACCGAGUCCACCACUCCUGCUGCCACAACCCCUUGGACUACUACGCCUAUGCCUACGCCUACGCCGACGCCGACGCCAACGCCAACGCCUACUCCGAUGAUGUCGAUGUGGCCGUCUUCCACCUGGCCGGUCGUCAACAGUUCGUCUGUCGUUGUCUCGCCGGCAAGCCCUGUCUACACGGGGGCCGCGAGUCGGCCGCAAGUAGGGGGGGUUGUUUUCCUGGCUGGAUUGGUGUUACUGCUGUAGUCUGUAUAUUUUCUUUUUAUAUUGAAUCUUUUUAUAAUACUUAUAUAAUAAUUUAAUUCGUUCUGCUAUAUACUAGUGACUAGUGAGGGGAAAUCACCUGAUUUCCCCUCUUUACUAAAUUACAAUAUUCCUCAAUACUCUAUACUCUCUCCUCUCUCCUGCUAUUGUUCAUA